UUAAAAUCAAACCUUAGGGAAACUAAUGGAUUCCGCCAUUGCAAGCAGCGCAGUAAUUGGUGCCUCCUCAGCAACGACAGCCACCAUGCCGAUGGCUCGCCCACGCGCUCUCGCCGUAACUUGCCAUUGUUAUACAGAUACAAGAUUUUCUAUAAAACCCUUUUCGUCUUCUACUUCACUUCGGGUGUCUUGUUAGCCAUUGUUAUACAGUCCUCUCGCCGUAAUUUGCCAUGAAGAGUUGCAAUGCAAAAGGAAAUCGAUUAGAUGCAAAGUAACUCAGUCAAGGGAUUCGGGGUACUCUCCGCUGUCGAGCGAUAGGCCACCCCCAGAGAUGGCGCCUUCGUUUCCUGGGCGUGAUUUUGAUCCCUGGUUCGUGCGCAUGGACCCUCUCUAUGCCGGCAGAGCCACGAAGGAGGAAAGAAUUGAUUGCUACAUCAAAACCCUCGCCACGGUUCGUGGAAGUGAGGAAGCCGCUAAGAAAUCCAUAUGGGCGGUUUCUUUCAAACGUUACUAUGGAUUUGGGUGCCAGAUGGAUUUGUUUACAUCCGCUAAACUUUAUGGACUCGCUGGAGUGCGCCGUAUCCUUCCAAAUGCUUCCGUGCAUGAGGGAACCGGGUAUCGUGGAGUCCCUGAAGUGCGUAUUAUUGUUCGAAUUGGUGGCGUGCAUCUGGUAAUCACGGAUGAUGUGAAGCUAUUGGUUGAUGGAAAGAUAGUAGAGAGUUCACCUGAAAGACAACAGUGUGUUACUCCACAACAUAAUCAAGUCAAGUUGGUUACAGGUACUCAAGGUGCAACGUGAAGUGGAUUAUGUGAUCCGGUGAUGAGAGAUAGAAUACUGGUUGAUACCACAUUCCAGGCAUACAUUAAUUGGUGCCCACCGUGGGGUAUGUCCCCAGAAAUAACAUCAUUUUUUUUGUGCAAGUUGAACACAAAGAUCACAUUGAAAUAUCAUAAUAGCGCAUUAGAGAGUUCUUUUAGUGCAUCCAUUGCUUAUUUUAAUGCUUACAUGGAACAUAUUAGCAUAUAGAAUCCAUCUUUCAACGAAUAUGAUCUUCUUUUUAGCGCAUAUCCCUCUCUGUUAUUUCAGUGCAUAGGAGCACCAGACUACCACAUCCAGGCCACAGAGUAGCACAUCAAGUUGAUUUUCUAGUGCAUAGACAUCAUCUCUUAGCGCAUCUAUUCUAUAGUUUAGUGCAUAGAGCUGACAGAGGCAAAAAAUUGUAACAGAGGUAAAAAAAUUAGGCUUGUGGAAGGAUAAUAUAUAUGGAAUAUAACAUUUAAGUAUAAGAAAGAGAAAAGAGAAAAAGUUAUAUUCCAUAUAUAUUGUUAGGAUGUUUGAGAAGGGUCUCGGACCUCUAGGAGGUAUAAUGCAAAAUCUAGUUUUUGGAAGAUCCUCCAAAUUUCAGACAGUCAAAUUUCAGGGCAUUUCGGGAUCAGGAUUGUAAAAUUUAUAACCAAGAUUAGACUUUAGGCUUUUGAAGCCCACCAUCAUGAUUUAAUUUUUUUUUACUAA